GUUUUGUUUUUUUAUUUCAAAACUAUUGUAACCGUCGAGUUGCAUUGUUUGUGUCAAAAAUAUUUAUAAAUAAUAAUUUAUUAAAUUCUUUCGUAAUUUAAGAGUUAUAUACGAUUCAUCAGUAGGAAGUGGAUUUGAGCACUAUUUAAGAAUUCACAAAAUGGCAUCAAAUGAUUUUAUUAAAAAAAUAAGAGAAGAUAGAGAUGCAAGAGUUCAGGCUCGAAUUCAGAAGUUAAGAGAAUUGAAUCUUAAAAAAUAUGGACAAAAUGAAACAAAUAGAAACAAUGCAUCAAGAUCAGCUUCAGAAAAUGCGGCAUUUCCAAAAAAUAUACCAAAUUUUAUUAAUAAUUUAAAAUCAGAGAAAAACCUAAAUUCUCUAAAGAAACCAACCAUUUCUAAUGUACUUCUCAAAAAAACUGAAUAUCCUAGUGGUAUACCUAAAAAAACACAACCUCAAAUCAAAAAUAUUGUGAAUGAUCUUAAAAAGCCAGAAGCAAAGGAUAUCCAAAAAAAUAUGAAUGGUGCUGUUAAGAAGAUGGAUAUAAAGAAUAACCAUAAGCAUGUCAAUUGGAAUAUUAAGAAGGUAGAAACAAAAGAUUUGGACAAAAAGAAGACUGUAAGCUUACUUUUAAAUGCAAGUAUUAAGGCUAAAGAAAAUGCAAGUUUAAGAAAAUCUGUUGUUCCAACGAAACCUCCACUUAAUAAUAGAAAGAGUUUCAUACCGACUAAUACAGCAGUCGCCAGAAAAAGUACUAUAGAAAGUACAUUGGGAAAGAGAGAAUCUGUUUUUGAUCGACUCUAUAAACCGAAAACUGUUUAUACAGAGCAUAAUAUUAAACACGACAAGAAACCAAUUGCUCCUCCAAUAGUAAACAGACGCAAUACAACAUUUGACCAAAGCCAGAGAGCUAAACUGCCAGUUCGAAGAUCCAUAUCUGCUGUACACUUUAAGAAAAUUGACAAAGGGCAACUUAAAAGCUGCAUACACAGAUGGGCAUCCAUCGGAGAGAAAAUAAACAAAGUAUCAUUGCAUAACAUUAAUGAAGAUGAGAACAUCCAAGAAAUGGUAUCAGCAGUGAAGAGCGAACAGAAAAAAGUUAAAUUCCAAACACCAUUGACUAAUCCAGAUGAAAUGAGAUUGAAAUUGGUGAAAUGGUUAGAAAAACGUGGAAAAACUAUUGAUACAUACCAGCAUUUACACUGUUUUGGCAUACAACAGUCGUUUGAUAUUCCAAAGUUUGAUUAUGGUGAUGAAGAUAAGGAAAACCAGCCAUUGGAAAAUGAUAGUGAUAAUGAAUCGUUUACCGAGUUGAAUGGACAGCUGAUCAAUAAGUGGCGGAGUCCAAGUAAUUUGGACAGUGUGGAAUUCAAUGAGAGCUAUGAAACGGCAGUCAUUUCUGAUGAAUCACCAAUGGUGAACGAUGCAUUGUUGGGUGCUCUGAAUGAUUUGACGGAUAUAUUAAGAAAUGGAUAUAGUUGGGAAGAAGGUGCCAGAUGGCUCCGUGCAAUAAGAGAUACAUACACAGAUGCCCAAGAAACGGCCACAUACUGGGAAUGUAGAGCAGCUUUAGAGGAAGCCCGAGGGGACAUGCCAGCUUCCAUGCAGUGCUGGGAACAAGCGCUGGCUAAGGGCACCAAUCGCAUAGUGGCAGAAGAGAACAUAGACCAGCUGCUAGCCAAGUUUAUGCAGUUGAAGAUUAACCCUGGUUCCGAGAAGAAAGUGGAUCCAAAGCUGGUUGACGCAAAAAAUGUCUUUAAAAGUACAUUGCUUAGAUUUGCUGUGCAAGAGAAUAAUAAACAAAUAACUCCGACAGUGACACCCGUACGUCGAAGUGCGAGGCUUAAUGACAGGAAAACUCCACUAAAACUAUUCAACACUAUACAACAAGCACUUGACACUGAAAAGGCCGAAUUUAAGCCAAACCGAGCUAUUGCUCCCACACCUUAAGCUAAUUCUGUAUAGAUGAUAAACACAAUAUUUACUAAAUUAUUCAAGCCAAUGCGUAGGAUAUAUAAGAUGUUAAUUCUUAUUGGAAUGUCUUAUUAAAAAAACAUUCAAUAUAAUAAUCGUGAUUUAAAAAUUAAUAAUUUUUGGGGCCUGACAGCCCUUUAUUUCUCUGGCUUUUUCUAAGGGAACGAUAGUCACGUGACAUCCCAUACAAAAUAGUUUGGUGUUAGUGAGGUGUCGCAAAGUGUUUUUUGUCUCUCUCGUUCGAUCAACUUAUUUUUGUGUUCGGGUUUUUUUUGUACCUUAAUAUACGGCAAUACUUUUCUAGUCGCAAUUGAAGGGUUAACACAGAUAGUCAAGAAGAUUGAUAUGAAGAUGUUAGAAAUGGCUGAACAAAUUAUUCAUAAACGUUGUUUUUCGUGGCACAAAUCAUUGAAUUCAUAUUUUUUUAUUUUAAUAAACCUUAGCGAGUGACGGAAACGAUCAGUUGGAUUUUGAAUUCUUCGCACCUAAAUAUUGCAAAUAACGCUUUCAGCGACGUUAUUCUGUAACGUCAAUCAAACUUAUCUAGUUUCAAGAGCUGUUUUUCUGUAUGAACUUUGACAUAUGACAGCGCUUAAGUGGAGAUUGUCACUUGAGAGAGAUUUAGAAUGUGAAAUGUUAAAAAAGCACUAAAUCAUUUGGUACAACAACGUCGUGAUUCGCACCUCGCUAUCGGAAGUUACAAAGUAACAGCAGAUAUUCUUGUGCUUGGUAAACACGUUAACUAACCUUUAGAAAUAAUGCUCAUUAUCAAAUUAUACCAUAGAGAUAUUGCCCUAAACACAUCUGAUGCCAGUGGGAAUUCUCUGAAUUUCCUAUUACCGAAUGACUUCCAACAAUGGUAAUAAGCAGUGGCAGCGCGAGAGACCUACUUAGAUACGCUGUCUCCUGACAGUUGGGUGUAACUGAUAGUUGCAAAACUAAUCAGUGUUGCCAGACGGUCUCUGCGACCCCUAGACUAAUUUGAUUUCCCCCCCAAAAAUCCUCUAGGAUGCCCUCACAAAGCAGAUGAAGGCAUGCGCCAUAGCGCGAUUCAAAAAAAAUAUGCUUAUGUAGUGUAUAAUUACUAACUUUUCAUGUAAUUUUAGUAUUUGUAUUUAAUUAAAAUCACAUCGUUCUUUGACAGCUCAAACGAAUAUACAAUUAGUUAGGUUAACCACACAGAUCCUAUUCUUAUGAUGCGUUCGUACUGCAAUUUAAUUCCAAAAUCAGGAACGUGAUAUAAAAUAGCAAAAAAUCGUGUUUUAGAAAUUUCCCCUAAAAAUGCCCCCAAAUAUUAUUUCCUUCUAUAGUACCUAAAUCUAGGGGGAAAUCCUAUGAUCUGGCAACACUGAAACUAUACUGGCGCCACCAAGCGGUCAGUUAUAUGUAUCAAAUAUCAACUUUAAUGUUACUAAUAAUUGAAGCGAUAAAAUAAAGCAAAAGAUAAUAUACGGUAAUAAUUUUAAUUACUAAUAUUUUUCUUUUUCAAAAAUAUUGGGAUAUAGUGUAUAUGUUUGUACCUAGAGGUCGAAUGAUUUUAUGACAACUUAUACCAAUAUGACACUUGCUAUAAGAGAGAUCCUAGGUCGUUCUUAUGUGGCCUAAUUUCGAUAUGAAAUUACUAAUUGUGUACCAAAAUUGCUUUGCACGACUUAUGAUUGAAUUAUUUUUUGAUCGAUGUAAGGCUUUCAUAGUUUUUGUGAUUUUAUGAGCUUUUAUAUUUCAAUCAUGAAUGUUUAAACCUUCGUAUUAUUCAAAAGUAGGGUUUCAGAUUUCUAAUAUAGGGCUCCGCAUGACACUGAUACCUAUCCAGACAAUACAGUUCCUUCAAAAAGGUUGUAGUAACAACAUAUUAAAGUGUUUACUUCCGCAACCCUGCUGGAGAUCUCACAACUGUAUAUGUACAAUCCGAAGCAUGUUUUGGAUUCUAAAAAACUCUGGGUGUCAAUUUAAAAUAAGUUUUAUAUAUAAUAAAAUAGUUUAGAAGCCAAAACAUUUGUAUAUAGGUUAUAUUUUUUUACACACCUUAUAUGGCGCUGGUAAAGAUUUGCCGUGUGUGGUCUGUAAGACUUGUUUUGUGUCAUAAAUAAAUUGUAAAUAUUU